AUGCCGGAGAGUGAAGGGGCUACCACCACCGUCGAGAAGCCUGAUAUAGCUGCGGCCAAGAAUGGGCACGCAAAGAAUGAUGCGCCGCACAGCUCCACCAAGGACGCGGAGGUUGAUGACUUUGGAUUGCCGGUGAAGAGAACAAAGGCGGAAGGGGACGAUCAUGUCAGCUUGGGGGAUAUGUUGUUACAGACCGGGCGUGCAUCUCCCAAUGGAGCUUCUGCAAUAGUGAAGGAGACGGGCAGUCUCCAGAGAGGAGUAGAUGAAGAGGAUUCUGACAACGGAGAUGACCAAUUCAAAGAUGCUCUGUCGACUCCAAAUACUGAGCCACCAAUAACUCGAGAAGAGGUGCAACAACACGAUUCCGAACUACAAUCGAGUACGAUGGUGCAACAAGAAGAGCGUGAUGGCUUACCUCAAGAGACUGUGACGGAAAUCCCAACUCCGCUUGAGAAAGAUACCCAGGUAUCCCCAAUUCCCACCGAGACAGACACAAAGGCAUUGGCAGUCCAGCAACCCGAUACAGAGAACAAAACGAAUGGUCACCCUUUACCACCAGGCACCGGCCAUACUCGAGGCCAGAGCUCGACAGCUCAAGGCAUAUCAGAAUGGUCACAUCAGCAAAUAGCCCCAAGAGAGGAUAAAUUACCGGAGCCAGAAGUGGAUGAGUGGCAAACGAUGCCGGCAUACGCGCCUUACGAUAUAUAUGAUGACGAUAACAGGCUCGUUGCCAAAGAAGCAGAAUUGUCAGAUGAUGAUAACGCCGCUUAUGAAGGCUUAGGAGGAGCUGGAAAAGGAUAUACUAGAGUGCAAUUGGAUGAGGAUGCUCAAUCUGCUACGAGCCUAGAUGAAAAUACUCAAUAUCUCUUCAAGGGUACCAAUGGGGGGGAAACUGGCGCAGGCGAGAUAGAGGAUGAAGAGCAGCGAGAUGCCCUUUCACAGAUGCAAGCCACCAAAGAUCUGUUAACGGAAGGCCAAAGGAUCGCCUACGUUGGCAUGACCCGACUAAUUCUCUCAGCAAUGCUGGCAGAUGCAGAAGCCAUGGCAACAACAAAAGGCAACAGGAAAGAAAUCCACAUGUCAGCUGAAGCUUUAAAAAUGUGGAGUCAGAAGAUGAUGGUCCGGUUGUACGCCCACAUGGAUAUCAGCAUGGCCGAACAGAUCAUGAUUGAGCAGUUGUCUGAGCAUGGUGUCGUCCCAACGGAUCUCACUCCCACCCUCAUGCAUAACGCUCGAGUGAAAAAUCCCAUGGCGGAAAAAGACGCAUCGACAGCAAGUUUAGCUUCUCGGCCCGACUCAGUAGCCUCUUUCGGAGCGAGUCCUAGACCUUCAACCUCCUCACCAAGCCUACCUCAGACUCCAAAGUCUCCUCAUCCACAAGAAGAUGAUGAUCCAGCUGCGGUUCCGCCUCCUUAUCAAGAACACGAGGGAGAAGAUCUGCCUGAAGUCCGGACACCUUCGCAGCUGCCAACCACUAAAAGUAUCGACAUUGAUCUGCGGUGGACGGUGCUUUGUGAUCUAUUUCUCACCCUCAUAUCUGAUUCCAUUUAUGACGCCCGAUCCAGAGUUCUACUGGAAAAAGUUGGGGACAACAUGGAAGUCUCCUGGCUGGAAAUCUGUAGGUUCGAAAAACGAGUAACGGAUGCAUUGGAGAUGCAGCAAGCAGCAGAAAAGGAGAACUGGAACGAGGAUGAGCACAAGGAGAGCAGGCGAAAACUCGCAUUAAAGAAGCGCUAUAUGAUGAUGGGUUUGGCAACUGUUGGUGGUAGUCUAGUCAUCGGCCUUUCCGCUGGAUUGCUAGCUCCGGUGAUUGGGGCGGGGCUGGCUGCUGGCUUCACUACCAUUGGCGUUGCCGGUACGGGUGGGUUUCUUGCUGGUGCUGGAGGAGCUGCUAUCAUCACUUCCGGGGCUGCUGCUUCUGGGGGCAUCAUUGCGGUAAGAGCUGCGAAUCGAAGAACCGGUGCUGUCAAGACAUUCGAGUAUAGGCCCCUACAUAACAACAAGCGAGUCAAUUUGAUCGUUACUGUUUCGGGGUGGAUGACGGGCAAGGUCGAUGAUGUACGGCUACCGUAUAGUACCAUUGACCCCAUAAUGGGCGACAUUUAUUCUGUGCUUUGGGAGCCUGAAAUGCUUACCAGUAUGGGAGACACUAUCAAUAUUCUAGCCACAGAGGCUUUAACGCAAGGUCUUCAACAAGUGUUAGGCAGCACUAUAUUAAUCGGUCUAAUGGCUGCUCUACAACUGCCAGUUGUCUUGACCAAACUUGCGUACCUUAUCGACAAUCCUUGGACAGUCUCGCUCGACCGAGCAAAUGCUGCAGGACUCAUUCUCGCCGACUCCCUGAUUGAUCGUAAUCUAGGCACCCGCCCCGUUACGUUUGUGGGAUAUUCUCUUGGGUCAAGAGUCAUCUUUUCAUGUUUAAAGGAACUUUCCAGAAAAGGUGCCUACGGGCUUGUACAAAAUGUAUAUUUAUUCGGCUCGCCGGUCGUGGCUAAGAAAGACGAGUAUAUGAAAGCCAGAUCUGUCACUGCUGGCAGGUUUGUUAAUGGAUAUGCAACGAAUGACUGGAUCUUGGGCUACCUCUUUCGUUUAACAAGUGGUGGUAUUAGCCGUGUGGCAGGUCUUGCACCAGUGGAGGAUAUCCCAGGUCUAGAAAAUGUUGAUGUCUCGGAAUUUGUUCCUGGUCACAUGUCAUAUCGGAGUGCUAUGCCUCGACUACUGAGAGAAGUUGGGUGGGUAGUGGAAAGCGACGAGUUCACUGAAAUCGAGGAUCCGGACCCAGAGGACCACGCAAAACGUCACCGAGAACUCAUCAAUGAGAUUGAGGAAGCACGGAAAGAGUUCGAAAAACAAGAAAAGGAGAAAGAAGCAAAGGGCAGAUUCAGAUUUUUUGGGAGAAAGAAGAAGGAUGUCGUCAAUAAGAAAGAAUGGGAAACAUAUGAAGAAUCAAAGGGAGACAUGGAUUCAGGAUCAAGGACUGAAGAUGGGCAGGGAAACAACCAUGGCGUUCUAUUCGAUAUUGACGCUAUUCGUGCCGAGCUAGCGAGCGAGCAGAUGGAAGUUAAGGAACUCAAGUCAACUCUACCGCCAAUGAAGCUGGAUUUGGCUUCCUCUCCUGGUUCGACCAAUCCGCGAAACUCCCUGCGGGAGACGAAAAGCUACGACGCAGCCACCACGCUCAAAACCAACGAUUUCCGACCUUCACCUUCAGCGUCCACACAUAUACCCACCCCACCGCGAAUGUCAAGUAGUACCGACGUUCCCGCUAUCAGAAACCUCGAUAUAAACACUCCAUCCAGCAUGCAAAGCCGCUCUAGCCAAUACCGAGAAGACGAAGAGGAUGAGAUCCAAAUGACGUUCGGCUCGGAGCCUUUAUAUAAUCCUCGCUCACAGCCUACCGCGCCUCUUUCCGCGACGCCUUCCUUCAACAGCAUUCCCCAAUCACCCGCCUAUUCAGCGAAAGACGAGAAAUCGGAAUCAAGGCCCGAGCUAAAGAGUAGCCAAACCAUGCCGACGAUCUGUCCUGACCCUAAUGCCUGGGCAGAGGAAGAGGAUGAAUUUGGGCCGGAGAAAGAGAUUCAGAUGACUUUUGCAUAA